ACAAACAGCUGAAAGUGGGGCAAAGAGUCCGAAGCCCCAGGCAGGCUGCAGGCGAGAAGGAGAUUGUCCGUCCACCUCUUCAGAAGAUGGAGCGCUUGUUUCUGCUGUGCUCUGGUCUGCUUGUGACGACAGUGACAUCCCAGAAUGUUUGCUCCCGACCUGAGCUGAGCGGGAACAUUGAGAUGUCUGGGAUCCAGAGGUUCUCCAGUCCCGGUGAGGAGUUGGCCCUCUCCUGUAAAGAGGGAUAUACUCCUGUGUUGGGCCCACGCAAGAUUGUUUGCACCAUCAGCGGCGCGUGGACAAGCACCAAGCUAAAGUGCAUACCAAAACAAUGUCCAUAUCCUGAACUAAUCACUAAUGGUAAACUGUUUUAUGAGGACACAGUGUACCAGAGUACCAUCAACUACACCUGCCAUGAAGGGUACAUGAUGACUGGAGAGAGUUCAGCAGUGUGCCAAUCCAACGGGACAUGGAGUUCCCCUGCACCAGAGUGCAUACCUGUACGCUGUGGUCUCGCUCCAGUCCCACCGUAUGGAAUGGUCAUUUACAACAAAAUGAUCAAAGGAAACACGGUCAAUUAUGGCCUCACGGCGAUGUAUAUCUGCAAUCCCCCGUACGUACUUUUCGGCAACCCGGUUGCAGAGUGCACCGCCAGCGGUACCUGGACCAAGACACCAGAGUGUCAAGUGGUGACCUGCCCUCCGCCAGAGAGCAUUGAAAGAGGCUACAUGUCCAACAAUGAGAAGAGGGAGUUUUUCUACAGGGAAAAAGUCAAGUAUGGCUGCGAGAGUCUGUAUGUGCUGGAAGGAAAUAUGGAGGUGGUCUGCCAGGAGAAUGGAAGGUGGUCUGAAAAGCCAUCUUGCAAAGCUCCGUGUUCUGUUAACAUACAAAGAGCAAGAAUUUUGCACAACGGGAAGAAAAUCUGGAUCGAAAACUUCCAGCCGAACCGUGUCUUACACCUAGACAUCGUCUCUGUGUACUGCAUGAACGAAGCCAUGAAAUGUGGUUAUGCCGUGCCGACCCAGUGCAUCGAUGGAACACUGAACAUCCCUGACUGCUUUGAAGAACCCAGUGGGCUGGUGUAUACCAUGAAGCCAAAUUCACUUCCAUCAGAAAUCGACCAGUGCUGAAGUGGCAGAUAUUUUCUAUCCGGAGGCGGUCAUAAAUUUUCACUGCCUUUCGAAGUAAAGAAGAUGAUUUAAAUCUG